GUGGCCGAUUGCAUUUGUCUUUCCUCGUUGGACAAAAUCCACGUGGUCCCCGUGGAUGUGCAUAUGUUGCGGGCCGCUCGGGAACGCGCGAUUCCUCCGGCCGCGACUGUGACCAAUCUCACACCGAAAACCUAUCGAGAAAUCUCGAACGGAAUGAGCGCGUUGUGGGGUGAAUGGGCGGGCUGGGCACAAGCGGUAAGUUGA